AUGACUCCAACUAAGCAACACCACCUCCAUGUCCUCCUGCUCCUCCUCAUAUGCUCCUCCUCCAUAGUUGUUGCAGCCAAGCAUAACACCGCUGUCCUUUGCCACCCUGAUCAAGCUUCUUCCCUGCUCCAGCUAAAGCAAUCCUUCAUCGACGUCGAUGCAAAGUUGGCUUCAUGGCGAGCUGGAAGUGACUGCUGCCAUUGGGAGGGCGUCACCUGUGACAGGGACUCUGGGAGAGUCAUUUCCCUAGACCUUGGUGGGUUUAACUUGAUGAGCCGUCAUCUUCACCCUGCAAUCUUCAACCUCACAUCUCUGAGGAACCUCAGCCUUGCACACAAUGACUUCGGCACUGCCACCCUCCCAACUCACGGGUUCGAGCAGCUCCCAAAUAUCAUUCAUCUCAACUUCUCCUCUACCAGUUUUUUCGGCCAGUUUCCUGUUGGAAUUGCCCGCCUCAAGAACCUUGCCACUCUUGAUUUUUCUGAUAAUUUUGACUUAUAUCUACAAGAGCCAAACUUCCAGACCUUCAUGGCAAAUCUAAGCUAUCUGAGGGAGCUCCGGCUUGAUGCAGUAGACAUCUCCACCAGCGGAUCAAAUUGGUCCAUUGUUCUGGCGGACUCUGUUCCUCAGCUGCAAAUUCUUAGCUUGUUUCUGUGCGGUAUGUCUGGCCCUAUCCAUCAUUCUUUCUCGAGGCUUCGUUCCCUAACGAUUAUCAAUCUCAGAAACAAUGAGAGGCUCACUGGCAAAGUUCCUGAAUUCUUUGUUGAAUUUUCUUCCUUGAGAAUUCUUGAUAUAUCAGGAUGUUCUUUUAGAGGGCAAUUUCCAACAAAAAUUAUCCUGAUGAAAAGUUUGAGGGUGAUAGAUUUAUCUGAGAGCCCUAAACUUUCUGUGUGCUUACCAGAUUUCCCAGUUGGAAAUAACCUGGAGGUGUUAAAUCUAGCAGGGACCACUUUGUCUUGUGAUAUACGGUCGUCUCUUACAAAUCUCAAGUCUUUGAAGAAUUUGGGUCUAAGCACUUCAGAAGUUUCCAUGGAGCUCUCUUUGAUAAUUGGCAGUCUUGCGAAUUUGACAGUAUUGGACCUCUCAGAUUGCAACUUCUCUGGUUCAAUUCCCUCAACAGUUGGGAACUUGGUCCAACUUGAAGAUUUGAAUCUUGGGGGCUGCAACCUUUCUGGUCAAAUCCCAAAAUCUUUGUUUGCUCUUCCAGCACUGAAAUCACUUACUCUAAGUUCAAACCAACUUUCCGGUGCUCUGGAAGACAUUCCUGCCCCACUGUAUUCACCCUUGCGUUAUAUUCACUUAGACCAAAAUGAGCUCACGGGUGCAAUACCCAAAUCAUUCUUUCAUCUUAAUCACCUCAAAUAUCUCCAUCUUGACUCAAAUAGAUUCACAAGCACAAUUACACUUAGCUCUUUUUGGAGGUUGAAGAGCCUUAGUUCGCUGCGUUUGUCUAACAACUUGUUAUCAAUUGUGGACGAAGAAGACAACAUAGUAACCUCUCUCCCAAACAUCAACGACUUAGAACUUGCAUCUUGCAACCUCACCAAAAUUCCUCGAGCACUGACAUAUCUAGAUAGAGUUGAAUAUCUCGACCUUUCGAAUAAUCAAAUUCAUGGGUUUAUACCAAGUUGGGUAUGGGAGAAUUGGAAGGACCAGCUUCAAAUAUUGAACCUCUCUCAUAACAUGUUUACUAGUUUGGAGAGAUCUCCUUUUCUUGUUGAUAUGCCAUAUUUAUUCACCCUCGAUCUUAGUUAUAAUAGACUUGAAGGAAGCAUACCAAUACCAAUAAUAUUACACCUCUCAUCGGUAUUCAUCUCAUCAUACAUAAAGGUUGUGUUGGAUUACUCGAACAAUAACUUCUCUUCCAUAUUACCUGACUUUGGAAAAUAUGUAAAAAACGUCACGUACCUCAAUUUGUCCAACAAUAAAUUAAAUGGCCAUGUGUCAUCCUCCAUUUGUAGUGCCAGCAAAUUAAGUGUCAUGGACUUAUCAUACAACAAUUUUCGUGGUUUGAUCCCAUCGUGUCUGAUAGGAAGCGGAAAUCUGAAAAUAUUGAAACUGAGAGAAAAUCAAUUCCAAGGAAUGCUACCUAAAGAUAUUAGAGAAGGAUGUAAGUUUCAAACAAUAGAUUUGAAUGGAAACCAAAUUGAAGGUAAAAUACCAAGAUCACUAUCAAAUUGUCAAGACCUAGAGCUUCUUGAUGUUGGAAACAAUCAGAUUCUCGGUUCUUUCCCAUCUUGGUUGGGUGUUCUUCCACAGCUUCGAGUUCUAGUAUUAAGAUCCAACCAACUCAAUGGUUCAAUAUGGGAUAUUAAAGGUGACUGUACAAUCAACAAAUACUUCUCAAGUUUGCAAAUACUUGAUUUGGCCUCCAACAACUUCUCUGGAAACCUACCAAAAGGAUGGUUUCAUAAACUGAAAGCGAUGAUGGAAAAUGUCAGUGACGAGGGACAAGUUCUAGGACAUGAGACAGAUUCAAGAUCAGGAUUUUAUCAAGAUACUGUUACCAUCACUUUCAAAGGGCUUGAUCUUAGUUUCAUCAGAAUCCUAAGCACUUUCAACGCAAUAGAUUUCUCAAAUAACUCAUUUGAGGGUCAUGUUCCGGAGUCUAUUGGAAGACUUGUUUCCCUACGCUAA